AUGGGUCGAGAGAGGAAGAGAGGGAUGGGUCGAGAGAGGAAGAGAGGGAUGGGUCGAGAGAGGAAGAGAGGGAUGGGUCGAGAGAGGAAGAGAGGGAUGGGUCGAGAGAGGAAGAGAGGGAUGGGUCGAGAGAGGAAGAGAGGGAUGGGUCGAGAGAGGAAGAGAGGGAUGGGUCGAGAGAGGAAGAGAGGGAUGGGUCGAGAGAGGAAGAGAGGGAUGGGUCGAGAGAGGAAGAGAGGGAUGGGUCUAAUCAUGGUAAUUAAAUGAUUCCUCCUUCAGUAAUGGCUAAUUAUUUUAAUGAGGUACUGUGCCUUGCCUACCUUCCAUUAUGAUACCAUCCACAUGGCUGAGAGGAGAGCCCAGUUGCACUGCAUCUAAUGAGAAUGACAGCAACUGUGAAACACGGAUGAUCAUUCCGGCUCCGAUGGUGAUUGGGUUGUCAGUAGGGGCAGUGGAGCGGGGAGUGAAGAAUGCAGGCCAGGUCAGGACUAAAAACAAAUAGUAUUUGGCCCCUGUUCUCCACACUUGUCAUUAUGACAAUAUCAGGGAGGAUCUGUUCAAUCAUCACCGAGGCCAUGGUUCAUUUGUCUAUUCACUGGUUCUUGUUAAAGAAAGCGAUGUGCCUUGUUUAAACUAAGCCCUGUCAUCUCACAGGCUGUCAACUGUCUAUUGUGCAAAUCACAUUAUCAUAGUUUUUUUUUUCUCUAAAAAUACAUUUAUUUCUGUGUAUUCUGUAAAUCGUAUCGCUGUUUAAUAGAAAGGCCUUUGAACGUGAAAUAUGUUAAUGUGAAAUAUGUGAAUGUGAAAUAUAUGUGAAUGUCAAGUUCAAAAGGUACCGGGGUGUGGAGGGGUCAGGGUGAGGGGGGGUGAGGGUGAGUCAGUGGGAUAAGGUGGGGUUGUUUGGGAGGAGGUGAGAGAGAGAAGUAAAAGACCUUGUCUCCCCCUCCUUGUCCUCCCCCCUCCUUGUCUCCCCCCUCCUUGUCUCCCCCUCCUUGUCUCCCCCUCCUUGUCUCCCCCUCCUUGUCUCCCCCUCCUUGUCUCCCCCCUCCUUGUCUCCCCCCUCCUUGUCUCCCCCUCCUUGUCUCCCCCCCUCCUUGUCUCCCCCCCUCCUUGUCUCCCCCUCCUUGUCUCCCCCCUCCUUGUCUCCCCCUCCUUGUCUCCCCCUCCUUGUCUCCCCCUCCUUGUCUCCCCCCUCCUUGGUGUGUGUGUGCAGGGAAGGUGUGCGCUAUAAAGGACAGGGUUGGAAUGCUUGGAAUAGUUCCGUGCAUCUCUUCACUCUUACCAACAUGGGUUACUGGAGGGCAGAACAGAACUACAGGAUAGCAACACGUGAUCUGUUCCCCUGCUCCGGUAGCACCCUGUGUUUUGUGCAAUCGUGUGACAUAGAAAGAUUUUAUCCUGUAUUUUAUCCAGAAAUUCAGCGAUUAUCUGACAAUUGUGAUGGACCAUCUGACAUGAAGAGAAAAGGGGGACAGUUUGAUGGAAAAAGCUUUAAAAUACAGGUUCAAAUCAAGGUCAUGUCACACGAUUGCGCAAAACACAGGACCUUACCUAUAAAUCAUGGGGGAAAAAACCUGAGAUCAGGCUGGCAUGUAUAGAGUCUCUAUGGUUAUCCCCCUGAUACUCCCCCCUGAAUGAGAUGGUGUGUGAGGCCCAAUAGGACAGAGUGUUUGGCAGUGAGGAGCGACAGGUGCAGAGACCAUUUUCUUGGCUUUGUUUUUAGAAAACCAUUCCUCUCAUAACCUUAACGCCUUGCUGAUCCUGUGAUACAAGUCAGUACUCGACGUCCAUCCAUGUCUGAGGACGUCUGGAGAUGACGUGGAAAUUGGCCACUAGGGGCAACAGUAAGAGUUGUUACGUUCAAGUAGGUUUGGGUUUCGGGCGUUCUGGACUGGGAUGGUGAUGGGCGUAAGUAUCUGCCUCUGAUUCCAAAAAAAUAUAAAACAAUGUAAUCAAUUUUAGAAUAAGGCUGUAACUUAACAAAAUGUGGAAAAAGUCAAGGGGUCUGAAUACUUUCCGAAAACCACACUGUGUGGUUAUCUCAACAUUACAACUUUGAACUUACAUAGAACGUUGAUAUAUACGGUGCAUUCGGAAAGUAUUUCAGACUCCUUUUACUUUUUCCGUAUUUUGAUACGUUACAGCUUUGUUCUAAAAUGGAUGAAAUUGUUAUUUUCCCUCAGCAAUCUACACACAAUACCCCAUAAUGACAAAGCAAAAACAGGUUUUUAGAGAUGUCUGCAAAUGUAUAAAAUAUUUAAGAAACGGAAAUAUCACAUUUACAUACAGUACCAGUCAAAAGUUUGGACACACCUACUCAUUCAAGGGUUUUCUUUAUUUUUACUAUUUUCUACAUUGUCAUUAUGGGGUACGGUGUGUAGAUUGAUGAGGAAAAACAUUAAUUGAAUCAAUAGAUUUUAUCAUCUAAUUGCUAUAUUCAGUGAGACAUAGACAAAAGAUUGUAUAAUGUAAAUGCUAUAUUCAGUGAGAUCUCUCCAUAGAUGCAACCACAGCUUAAACCAACUUGAUCAAGGAUUCAAAGUCAACCGUAGAUGCAUCUAUCAUUCAGGAAGCUAGAUAGCUAAUGUCCACAACUCUCACUUUUUCACAGUUGUGUCCUCCAUAACAGCGUAUUGCCGUUAUGGCAAUAUUACCUUUCAGUCACUCUCUACACGGCUUACCAUCUGCCCUCUCGCUCGCUCCCUCCCUCUCCCUCGCUCUCCCUCUCACAUACUCUCACUCCCUCCCUCUCCCUCGCUCUCCCUCUCCCUCCCUCUCUCUCCCUCUCCCUCCCUCUCCCUCGCCCUCCCUCUCCUUCCCUCUCCCUCACCCUGCUUGAUGCCAUUUUGUCUCUGUUUGUCCUUGGCUCUCACACAGCAAACUUUCUGUCUUAGCCAUUUUACAAGACCAGAGACAACUGACAUACAGCCGUAAAUCUCUCUCUCUCUCUCUCUCUCCUCUCUCUCUCUCUCUCUCUCUCUCUCUCUCUCUCUCUCUCUCUCUCUCUCUCUCUCGCUCUCUCGCUCUCUCUCUCACUCUCUCUCUCUCUCUCUCUCUCUCCUCUCAUUAAUAUUACUACCUCUGCCUAGGGGAGCACAGAAAGGUAAUUUACUGCUGAAAAAUACAGUUCUAUGACAACGCAACACUAUGAAAUAGUAAUUAAAUAUGAGGAUAAACAGCAUGCCCUUUUCUUAUUGCAUCCAUGAAACAACAGUGAAUUCAUCAAUUCAGUUCCUCGUCAUUGUAUAUCAUUACAUUUGCCAUUUUUCAUUUCAGGUGCAUCGACUGUAAAUGUCACAGGCAAAACAAAGGCCACCUCUUCAUUCAGCACCUGUUUGUUUGUCAUGACUGCACCCAACAGCCAGAAGACAAGUAUUAGACAUUCACAAGUGACCUGGGGGAUAAAGAUAUCAAUCAAAUGCUUAGUUUUAUAAUGAUAGACACAGGGAACAUAAUUACAAGGUGAAAACAGACACCUUGUCUUUCAUCUGAAUGAUGGAUGAGGUUUCAACUGGGUAGCUACUUUCUCUCCAUCUGAGUGGUGGUAAAAUAUGACCUUUUAUUCCAAAACAUCGAGCAUGUCAUCUCUCAGCACAUCUCUCAGCACAUCUCUCAGCACAGCUGUCAAAUGUGUCUGGAAUUCCACUGAACCAUUUGAUUUUGCUGUAAGCAUAGUAGGAAAAAAAAUAUUGCAAAACCAUUUAUUAAAAUUGUUUAUGUGGUGAGACUGAGUCACACUAGAGACCCCCUAGGUCCUAGUCCAUGAGAGGAUUUCAAUGGUACAAGCAACAUGGCUUAUUCAUCACAAAACCCACUGAUAUUGCCAAUUACUUUAAAGAUUUUUUCAUUGGAAAGAUCAGCAAAUUUAGGCAUGACAUGCCAGCAACAAAACGCUGACACUAAACAUCCAAGUAUAACUGACCAAAUUAUGAACCAUUGUAAUUUUGAAUUAUGUAAAGUGAGUGUGGAAGAGGUGAAAAAAGUAUUGUUGUCCAUCAACAAUGACAAGCCACCUGGGUCUGACAACUUGGAUGGAAAAUUACUGAGGAUAAUAGCGGACAAUAUUGCCACUCCUAUUUUCCAUAUCUUCAAUCUUACAAGGAAAUGUGUGCCCUCAUGCCUGAAGGGAAGCAAAAGUCAUUCCGCUACCCAACAAUAGUAAAGCCACCUAUGGUCGGCUGUUUGAGCCAGUAAUCAGCCUGUUACCAACCCUUAGUAAACUUUUGAAAGAAAUGGUGUUUGACCAGAUACAAUGCUAUUUUACAGUAAACAAAUUGACAACAGACUUUCAGCACGCUUAUAGGGAAGGACAUUCAACAAGCACAGCACUUACAGAAAUGACUGAUGAUUGGCUGAGAGAAAUUAAUAAUAAAAACAUUGUGGGAGCUGUUUUGUUAGACUUCAGUGCAGCUUUUGACAUUAUCGAUCAUAGUCUGAUGCUGGAAAAACACAUGUGUUAUGGCUUUACACCCCCUGCUAUAUUGUGGAUAAAGAGUUACCUGUCUAACAGAACACAGAGGGUGUUCUUUAAUGGAAACCUCCAACAGAAUCCAGGUAGAAUUCCCCAGGGCAGCUGUUUAGGCCCCUUACUUUUUUCAAUCUUUACUAAUGACAUGCCACUGGCUUUGAGUAAAGCCAGUGUGUUUAUGUAUGCGGAUGACUCAACACUAUAAAUGUCAGCUACUACAGCGAGUGAAAUUACUGCAACACUUAACAAAGAGCUGCAGUCAGUUUCAGAAUGGGUGGCAAGAAAUAAGUUAAAUAUUUUAAAAACUAAAAGCAUUGUAUUUGGGACAAAUCAUUCACUAAACUCUAAACCUCAACUAAAUCUUGUAAUGAAUAAUGUGGAAAUUGAGCAAGUUGAGGUGACUAAACUGCUUGGAGUAACCCUGGAUUGUAAACUGUCAUGGUCAAAACAUGUUGAUGCAGCAGUAGCUAAGAUGGGCAGAAGUCUGUCCAUAAUAAAGCGCUGCUCUGCAUUCUUAACACUAUCAACAAGGCAGAUCCUACAGGCCCUUGUUUUGUCACACCUGGACUACUGUUCAGUAGUGUGGUCAGGUGCCACAAAGAGGGAUUCAGGAAAAGUACAAUUGGCUCAGAACAGGGCAGCACGGCUGGCCCUUAAAUGUACACGGAGAGCUAACAUUAAUAAUAUGCAUUUGAAUCUCUCAUGGCUCAAAGUGGAGGAGAGAUUGACUUCAUCACUACUUGUUUUUGUAAGAGGUGUUGACAAGCUGAAUGCACCGAGCUGUCUGUUUAAACUACUAGCACACAGCUUGGACACCCAUGCACACCCCACAAGACAUGCCACCAGAGGUCUCUUCACAAUCCCCAAGUCCAGAACAGACUAUAGGAGGCGCACAGUACUACAUAGAGCCAUGACUACUUGGAACUCUAUUCCACAUAAGGUAACUGAUGCAAGCAGUAGAAACAGAUAAAAAUACACCUUAUGGAACAGUGGGGACUGUGAAGAGACACACACAUACACCAGUGGAGGCUGCUGAGGGGAGGACGGCUCAUAAUAAUGGCUGGAAUGGAGUCGAUGGAAUGGUGUCAAACACAUCAACGAUGUGGUUUCCAUGUGGUUGAUGCCAUUCCGUCGACUCCAUUCCAGCCAUUAUUAUGAGCCGUCCUCCCCUCAGCAGCCUCCACUGACAUGCACAUGCUAACACACCCACUCUACACACACGUACACAUGGAUUUUGUAUUGUAGAUAUGUGGUAGUAGAGUAGUGGCCUGAGGGCACACACGUAAUGUGUUGUGAAAAGGGUUAUGAAAUAAAAGGUCAUGAAUUAUUCUUUCUUGUAUGUAACUGCCUUAAUGUUGCUGGACCCCCGGAAGAGUAGCUGCUGCCUUGGCAGGAACUAAUGGGGAUCCAUGAUAAACCCCAGGAAGAGUAGCUGCUGCCUUGGCAGGAACUAAUGGGGAUCCAUAAUAAACCCCAGGAAGAGUAGCUGCUGACUUGGCAGGAACUAAUGGGGAUCCAUAAUAAACCCCAGGAAGAGUAGCUGCUGCUUUGGCAGGAACUAAUGGGGAUCCACAAUAAACCCCAGGAAGAGUAGCUGCUGCCUUGGCAGGAACUAAUGGGGAUCCAUAAUAAACCCCAGGAAGAGUAGCUGCUGACUUGGCAGGAGCUGAUGGGGAUCCAUAAUAAACCCCAGGAAGAGUAGCUGCUGCCUUGGCAGGAACUAAUGGGGAUCCAUAAUAAACCCCAGGAAGAGUAGCUGGUGCCUUGGCAGGAACUAAUGGGGAUCCAUAAUAAACCCCAGGAAGAGUAGCUGCUGACUUGGCAGGAACUGAUGGGGAUCCAUAAUAAACCCCAGGAAGAGUAGCUGCUGCCUUGGCAGGAACUAAUGGGGAUCCAUAAUAAACCCCAGGAAGAGUAGCUGGUGCCUUGGCAGGAACUAAUGGGGAUCCAUAAUAACCCCAGGAAGAGUAGCUGUUGACUUGGCAGGAACUGAUGGGGAUCCAUAAUAAACCCCAGGAAGAGUAGCUGCUGCCUUGGCAGGAACUAAUGGGGAUCCAUAAUAAACCCCAGGAAGAGUAGCUGUUGACUUGGCAGGAACUAAUGGGGAUCCAUAAUAAACCCCAGGAAGAGUAGCUGCUGCCUUGGCAGGAACUAAUGGGGAUCCAUAAUAAACCCCAGGAAGAGUAGCUGCUGCCUUGGCAGGAACUAAUGGGGAUCCAUAAUAACCCCAGGAGAGUAGCUGGUGCCUUGCAGGAACUAAUGGGGAUCCAUAAUAAACCCCAGGAAGAGUAGCUGGUGCCUUGGCAGGAACUAAUGGGGAUCCAUAAUAAACCCCAGGAAGAGUAGCUGCUGCCUUGGCAGGAACUAAUGGGGAUCCUAAUAAACCCCAGGAAGAGUAGCUGCUGCCUUGGCAGAACUAAUGGGGAUCCAUAAUAACCCCAGGAAGAGUAGCUGUGCCUUGGCAGGAACUAAUGGGGAUCCAUAAUAAACCCAAGAAGAGUAGCUGCUGCCUUGGCAGGAACUAAUGGGGAUCCAUAAUAAACCCCAGGAAGAGUAGCUGCUGACUUGGCAGGAACUGAUGGGGAUCCAUAAUAAACCCCAGGAAGAGUAGCUGCUGCCUUGGCAGGAACUAAUGGGGAUCCAUAAUAACCCCAGGAAGAGUAGCUGCUGCCUGGCAGGAACUAAUGGGGAUCCAUAAUAAACCCCAGGAAGAUAGCUGCUGCCUUGGCAGGAACUAUGGGGAUCCUAAUAAACCCCAGGAAGAGUAGCUGGUGCCUUGGCAGGAACUAAUGGUGAUCCAUAAUAACCCCAGGAAGAGUAGCUGCUGCCUUGGCAGGAACUAAUGGGGAUCCAUAAUAAACCCCAGGAAGAGUAGCUGCUGCCUUGGCAGGAACUAAUGGGAUCCAUAAUAAACCCCAGGAAGAGUAGCUGCUGCCUUGGCAGUAACUAAUGGGGAUCCAUAAUAAACCCCAGAGAGUAGCUGCUGCCUUGGCAGGAACUUAUGGGGAUCCAUAAUAAACCCCAGGAAGAGUAGCUGCUGACUUGGCAGGAACUAAUGGGGAUCCAUAAUAAACCCCAGGAGAGAGUGCUGGUGCCUUGGCAGGAACUAAUGGGGAUCCAUAAUAAACCCCGGAAGAGUAGCUGCUGACUUGGCAGGAACUAAUGGGGAUCCAUAAUAAACCCCAGGAGAGUAGCUGCUGCCUUGGCAGGAACUAAUGGGGAUCCAUAAUAACCCAGGAAGAGUAGCUGCUGCCUUGGCAGGAACUAAUGGGGAUCCAUAAUAAACCCCAGGAGAGUAGCUGCUGCCUUGGCAGGAACUAAUGGGGAUCCAUAAUAAACCCAGGAAGAGUAGUGCUGCUUGGCAGAACUAUGGGGAUCCAUAAUAAACCCAGGAAGAGUACUGCUGCUUGGCAGAUAUGUGGAGUCCAUAUGAAACAAAGAGUAGCUCUGCUUGAGAACUAAGGGGAUCAUAUAACCAGAAAUAGCUGUCUCAGGAUUGGUCAUAUACCCCCGGAAGAGUGGCGCCCGAGUACAAUGGAACAGUCUUAUCUUUAAACCCAGAUAAUUGUUCCCUCAAAUAAUGGGUCCCCUAGUAACCCUCUGGCAACAUACUUGUGUCUAAAUCAUGGGACCAUAAAAAGCUCCCUUGACACUAAUAACGUCCCUCAGGUAACUAAACCAUAAAAACGUCAUAAGCUAAUGGGGCAUCAGGAACUAAUGGGGAUCCAUAUAACCCCAGGAAGAUAGCUGCUGGCAGUGAACUAAUGGGAGUCCAUAUAACCCCAGAAGAUAGGCUGCUUACCUUGGCAGGAACAAUGGGAUCCAUAAUAACCCCAGGAAGAGUAGUCCUGAAAGAACUGUGCCUUGGCAGGAACUAAUGGGGAUCCAUAAUAACCCCAGGAAGAGUAGCUGCUGCCUGGCAGGAACUAAUGGGGAUCCAAAUAAACCCCAGGAAGAGUGCUUGCCUUGGCAGGAACUAAUGGGAUCAUCAUAAACCCCAGGAAGAGUAGCUGCUGACUUGGCAGGAAUAAUGGGGAUCCAUAAUAAACCCCAGGAAGUAGCUGCUGACUUGGCAAAUAAUGGAAUCUAAUAACCCCAGGGAGUACUGCUGGCAGAACUAAGGGAUCCUAUACCCGGAAGAGUAUGGCCUUGCAAACUAUGGGAUCACUAAUAACCCCAGGAAAUGUGUCCUUGGAAAACUAUGGACAAAUAAACCAGAUAGCGCUGCCUGCAGGAGCUGAUGGGGAUCCAUAAUAAACCCCAGGAAGAGUAGCUGCUGACUUGGCAGGAACUGAUGGGGAUCCAUAAUAAAUAUAAAUGUACAUGGUGAAACUUCCUAGUCUAUAAGAGGGUAUGGUAGCGCUAUUACCAUACGGCUUACACCUGUCAAAUCCUCUCAGAGCUCCACAAGGGCAUAGGGCAUAGGGCAUAGGGCAUAGGGGUCCAUUUGGGAUUGGGCCACAGUUUAGUCCUAGCACAACCUUUCAAGGAAUAAAAAGCAAUCGGUACAAUAGUCAUGAUCUGCUUCCAACCUACCAGUGCCGACCAUACAUGCUCUCUACUCUCCUGUGUGCAUUCCAUAGCCUAAAUGAGGCAUGUAGGAUCUUCAGUAGCUGCCAAGAAUCAACAACCCACACUAGUCUGCCAGUAGCAUCGACGUAGGCCUACAGUAAACAAGUCUGAAGAGUCAGAGUUUCCUAGUUCCGACCAGCAGUUGAACGCAGCAUAUAUUGUUUUUAAAUGGGCUUGUCAGAUGAGGAUUUGGGAAGAGGAAGUAAAGAGCGCGUUCGGGGAGCUUUGCAGUCGCCCCUCCCCUCAGCGUGCGUUUCACCCUAUCUGGUGGAGGUCCUCGUCUGUAAUUCCUGCACUCUCUUGCCAGAGAGUGCUCGCAGUUGUCUUCCCUUGUGCCCGGUGUCGUCGUGCGCAACGAACGGUGGACGUUUACUGUAAGAGCGAACGAACCCGACUGAACUUAAGAACUGGAGAGCUUUGUUGGAGAAGGACGAACAGGGACACCUGACGAAACAGUCUCAAGCGCCCUGCGUUCUCUUGCGUAUGUAGCCUAUGUUUGAAACCUGUUCAACCGCAAAAGGCUGUAGGAAUGUGGGAUAUAAGUCAAUGGUGAGUAGGCUAGUGUAUGAUCGACGUUUAUAGUUAACUGGGCUGGUUUUGCAAUGUGUAGCUUAGGCUAUUUCUGUGCAUAUUAUAAUAAUAUAAUAUAAUAUGCCAUUUAGCAGACGCUUUUAUCCAAAGCGACUUACAGUCAUUAUGGCUUCCGAAUUGGCUGCAGGGAGAUUGAUUUUGCUGAGUGAUUAGUCCUUUUUGACCUCUGUUCGGUUUCGGUUGGAUUAUUAAAGAAUCACUGCCAAACACGAUUUUUUAAACAUUAAAUUCACUAUGCAUUAUUAUGUGGGUUGAAUGCUGUAACAACAGAAUAAAGAAUAAAAGUCCCGUGAUGGUAGUGACUGCCCAUUACUGCUUAUCACUUAACCAUCAGUUAUUCACAUUACUUUACUUAAUAAAAUAUUUCAGUUGUUGUGUAUAUUACGUUUGUAUUUAUUUUAUGACUUUAUUAUUUCAUUCCAAAUCAUCAUCAUCUCUAUAGAGCUGCUGCCUAUGCUGUCUGACUAAAUCACUAUUUUAGUAGUCCUUCAAAGUAAAUAAGGCAUACUUUAAUGACUGCUGAACACCAACCAUCAAUCACUUAGAUCAUGUAUUUUCAGCUAGAGAUACACUACAUGACCAAAAGUAUGUGGACACCUGCUUGUCGAACAUCUCAUUCCAAAAUCACGGGCCAUACUAUGGAGUGGUCCCCCCCCCCCCUUGCUGUACCACAGCCUCCACUAGCCGUGGGCACAUUCUGAGGGAUUCUUCCAUUCAGCCGCAAGAGCAUUAUUGAGGUCGGGCACAGAUUUUUUUUGUUGUUGGUCAUUUAGCAGACGCUCUUAUCCAGAGUGACUUACAUUUAGUGAGUGCAUACAUUUAUCAUACUGUAUCCAAUGGUGGCGAGCUUUAUACCACUCCCGCCGACGCUUGGCAUUGCGAUUAUGGGAUCUUGUGUGUGGCUGCUUGCAUGGAAACCCAUUUCAUGAAGCUCCCGACGAAACCCUUAUUGUGCUAACAUUGCUUUAGAGGCCAGUUUGAAACUCGGUAUAGUGGUGUUGCAACGAGGACCGACGAUUUUUACGCGCUGCGUGAUUCAGCAUCUGUGGUACAGUUCUGUGAGCUUGUGUGGCCUUACCACUUUGCCGGCUGAGACCUUUGUUGCUCCAAGAUGUUUCACUUCACAAUAACCGCACUUACAGUUGGACCGGUGGCAGCUCUAGCAGGCAGAAAUUUGACGAACUGAACUGGUUAGGAAAGGUGGCAUCCUAUGACGUGCCACGUUGGAAGUCACUGGGCUCUUCAGUAAGGCCAUUCUACUGCCAAUGUUUGUCUAUGGAGAUUGCAUGGCUGUGUGCUCGAUUUUAUGCACCUGUCAGCAACGGGUGUGGCUGAAAUAGCUGAAACCACUAUUUUGAAGGGGUGUCCACAUACUUUUGUAAAUAUAGUGUACCUUGUGAAGAAACUGCUCUCUAUGUAUCACCUCUUGAUCGCACAUUCUUAUGUCCCUUACGUAGUAGCAGGUGUAAAAGAAACACAGACCGGACAAGUAUCUGUGCAAUGGAUUAUGGUUAUUGUAGUUAAUUAUCACGUUUUCUGCGGUAAACUAUGUAGUACAUUGGCCUGUUGGAAACUACAACUCCCUACUACAUGGCACAGUUUGGGCAUGAUCUGAUUUAUCUCUAGAGAAACUGCAGCACAAUGUGCGCAUUGAGCUCACAGAAAAAAAAUUACAAGAAAUGGAAUUCAAAGAAUUUGAUCCACUUCGGUCAAUUAGUUAUGGGCUGUUUAAAAUACUCAUUAUGUAGAUAAAUAUCUCCCUGAACUUUUUUUUUCUUUUUUUUUUUUUAUUACAGUAAGAUAACCAAUGUUUCCCUGACAACAUGACGACAGAUCUGAGCCUGACGUCCCUCCUGAAUGUGUCUGAUCUCCACAACGUGACGCGGGGUGUGGGGGGAUGUUCCCUGACCAGAACAGGCUUCCAGUUCUACUACCUACCCACCGUGUACAUCCUGGUGUUCGUCGCCGGCCUGGUGGGGAACAGUCUGGCCAUCUGGAUGUUCGUCUGCCACAUGAGACCCUGGAGCAGCAUCUCCGUGUACAUGUUCAACCUGGCCCUGGCCGACUUCUGCUACGUCCUCUCCCUCCCGUUCCUCAUCUUCUACUACUUUAAUAAGACAGACUGGAUAUUCGGGGACGUUCUCUGCCGACUGCAGAGGUUUAUAUUCCACGUGAAUCUGUACGGCAGCAUCCUGUUCCUGACCUGUAUCAGUGUCCACAGGUACACAGGAGUGGUCCACCCGCUCGAGUCCCUGGGCAGGCUCAAGAAGAAGAACGCCGUCCUGACCAGCGCCCUGGUCUGGGUCGUGGUCCUAGCGGGAAUCUCUCCCAUCCUCUACUACUCCAGGACGGGGGAGAAACGUAACGCGACCACGUGCUACGACACGACCACGGAGGAUGAGCUGCCGGGCUACUUCAUCUAUAGCAUGUGUUUGACCGUCUUCGGCUUCUGCGUCCCCUUCAUCAUCAUCCUGGGUUGCUAUGGGAUGAUCGUCAAGGUGCUGAUAUGUAAAGACGUGAACAACGCCCCGUUACGGCGUAAGUCCAUCCACCUGGUGAUUAUCGUGCUGGCCGUGUUCGCUGUGUCCUACCUGCCCUUUCACGUGAUGAAGAACCUGAACAUGCGAGCCAGGCUGUACUUCCAGGGCCCGGACAUGUGUGACUUUAAUAACCGCGUGUACGCCAUCUACCAGGUGACGCGGGGGCUGGCCAGCCUCAACAGCUGUGUGGACCCGGUCCUCUACUUCCUGGCUGGGGACACGUUCAGGAGGAAGCUGUCCAGAGCCACUAAAAAACAAUCCAGGAAGGGGGAACUCCCCCUCCAGUCCAAGAGUGAAGAGGCUGCGCUCAACAGCCUGCCGGAGUAUGUCGAGAACGGGGAUGGGUCUAAAUCUGGGUCUGUGUCUGGGUCUAGGUCCGGGUGGUCUGUCUGAACCUCUACAUGGGUUUGUGUGUGAAUUUGCUGUGAGUUGGUGCUGUGGACCUUACAGACUGUGUGCACUGUGGUCGGAACGGUCUGGGUGGGAAUCUGACAAAGCUGAUGGUAAUGGGUUGUUUCUCUGUAAUGUCAUCACUAGGUAGGGUACUGUAUAUUCUGAAUGUCAACCAAGUGCUCAUCCGUCCAAAACCAAACGGAAGGAGAAGGUAAUAGGUUGAGCUCCUGUAAACAGUCUCAAGUCUCUUGUUCCUCUAACCAACCAACGCUAAUGUGUUUGUAAUGGAGAGAUGGCUCUGCUAGCCACCCAGUG